CAGGCUCCUAAUGUAGCUCAUUUUAUGUUGCAUUGGGUAAUUUCAUUACUCUAACAGUAACUGGAGCUGUAUGUUAGCUGUUUGUUAAAGGAGCGCCUUUGCCUUGGAUAAUAUCAAAAAGAACACACAUUCUGCAGAGACAGUCGUACUUACCAUAUCGGAACAAAUAGAAUUAUUAAAGGUAAAGUCAAGAAGUUUAAAUCUAGGAGAACACGCUAGUGGUCAUAUGGAUGUGGUUUUGCAUCGGUCACAUGGUGUUUAUAAACCCGAGGAUGACGUAACUGGAUUCGUUCACCUAGAAUUGGACAAACCAAUUAAAAUCAGAGGUGUACAGCUUCUAGUCCAUGGCAGCAGCACCAUUAGCUGGCGGAUACCCAGCAAGAGCAAUGAGCACUCUCAAAUCCAUAGGCAAGAGGAGGUCUACUUCAACCACAGCAUUACACUAUGGGGACACGCAUCUACAGACUGUGAUUUAGAAACGAUACCACGUGGCAGCCAUUUAUUCCCAUUUAAGUUCCCCCUUCCAAUGGAAAUCCCUGGUUCUUUCGAAGGUUUACAUGGGAGAAGCAGGUAUUACGUCCAAAGCAGCCUUGUCUAUGAUAAACACGAUGACAGCCUUGUUACGCAGUGUCCCUUUACAGUAUUCAGAGAUGUUGACCUCAGACCACAAUUCACGCUCAUGGAGAAGAUGAAGAAGGAGAGGGAGAUUUGCCUCAGGUCAACAUGUUGGAGGGCAGGGCAUGUGGUCCUAGGGAUCUCUACCCCAAAGUCUGCCUUUGUCCCAGGAGAGAAGAUGACUGUCAAUACUGAAAUACACAAUAUGACGGGCAGGAAGCUGAAGGGGUCGACGAUUGCAUUUAGACAGGUCGUGAGCUAUGGGACUAAUUCAGAGACAAGGCGUGUUACAUGGGACAUGGUGCACCUACAUCAACCAGGACUGGGGCCUGGGAAACAAGGAGUCUGGCAGAACCUGGUGAUUAUUCCAUCUACUGUCCCCACAGGGUUAGAUGGGUGUUCACUUAUGAAGCUCACAUAUGAAAUAGUAUUAUUAGUAGAAGUUGAUAGGGUUAAACAGAAUGUAUCUAUUCCAAUAACUAUUGGCACCAUCCAGCAUACACCAUCCAAGUACUGUCACUGGGAAUAUACAGAUCCAGCCCCAUUUCCCAAUAAACGUUGGAGCUCAAUUCACGAUGCUGACAGCACAAGGAAACACCAUUGUGGAUAUUUUGAACCUAAAUGCAAAUAUUUCACAUUUCAAAUGCCAGAGACUGAGCUUAGUACAUUUGAAUACAGUCCGGGUCAAAAGAGAAGGCAUAUAAUUUUAUCACCUGAUGAGGAGAAUAAAGAAUCAACAGUGUAGUCAGACUUUUUUCCAGGGGUGUAUUGUAAAACAACAGACAUGGUUACCUUUUGUGGAUAUUAAAAGACUAAGAAUGGCAAAGUUGUUUUCUUACUAGCCAUAGAAUCAUUUUGAUACAUGAGACACCCUCUUAACCAUUGGCCACUUCUUUUGAAAAGGCGAAAGAUUUCUCAAUGGUGAGGGAUAUUUAGUUUUUCACCUGAUACAAUUCUCAAAUCUUUAACAAUAGAUUAAAGGUGCCACAGAAACUAGAGAUGAGCUGUUAGAGCACUUUCCAAAACAUUGUCACAAUUUUACAAUUAUUUUUGUUCACAAUUCCAUUCCAUGUCAUGCCUAUUUUCUAAA